AUGGACCCCUCCGUAUCACAAAAAUCCCACCAAGUGGACGAAAGGCUCUCCGUUCUCAAUCACCCACCAAAACGCUUGAAUGGGCCAAGUCUGUUGCAUCUUCUCGUUCACCAAACGUCUGCAGAGCCGGCUAUUGAUUUCUUGGACGAUGAGGGCCGCCAAAUCUCCAUCUCAUACCCCCAACUACACCAUGCGUCCAGCGCUCUUGCAUCCGCAAUUCAAGCACAGGUUGGGUCCCGGGAUAACAACAGACAGUUUGUCGUUCCUGUCCUUGUCCCGCAAGGCCCAAACCUGUACAUUGCACUGCUAGCCAUUCUAAAAGCCGGCGGUGCCUUUUGCCCGCUCAACUUGGACGUUCCCCUCGAGAGAGGCCAGUUCAUCCUCGACGACGUGGAAGCCAAAGUAGUCAUCACGACCCACGAGCUGGCCAACAAGCUUCCACCAGUCGGCCAAACCGGGCGGAUUGUGCUCCUCGUUGGAGAGAACACACCAGCCAGGGCUGCCAGGCAAUCAACAGGUGAUCCACAGCAUUAUGAGCCGAAGCCUCAGGAUCUGGCCUACGUGAUGUACACUUCAGGCUCAACCGGCACACCAAAAGGAGUUGGUGUCUCGCAUGACGCAGCAACUCAAAGUUUGCUCGCCCAUGAUCGACACGUCCCGCCCUUCUCGAGAUUUCUUCAGUUCGCAGCUCCAACCUUUGACGUGUCCGUGUUUGAGAUAUUCUUUCCACUUUUCAGAGGCAAGACCUUGGUGAGUUGCACGCGAGGUGCAAUGCUUAACGACCUGCCGGGUAUCAUCAGGCGAAUGUCGGUCGAUGCUUGUGAGCUGACCCCAAGUGUGGCGGGCAGCUUGCUUCGAAAACGCGAUAGUGCUCCCUGUCUGCAGCUUCUUCUCACCAUUGGAGAGAUGCUCACAAAGCCUGUGGUUGAGGAAUUCGGCGGCAGCGAGGAGAAGGAAAGCAUGCUUUGGGGUAUGUAUGGGCCAACCGAGGCCGCCAUUCACUGCACCGUUCAGCCCUCUUUUGCUUGCAGCAUGUCCACAGCCAACAUUGGCAUCCCGUUCGACACGGUGUCUGCAUUUGUACUUAACAUUCCCGAGGACGAGUCCGAGCCUCCAAACUUUAGGGUUCUCUCGCUUGGGGAAGUCGGAGAGCUUGCUGUCGGUGGACCUCAAGUUGCAGACUGCUACGUCAACCGGCCCGAGAUGACGGCAAAGGCCUUUGUCGAAACGCCAUACGGCCGUUUGUACCGAACAGGAGACAAGGCACGCAUACUGCCCGACGGCACGCUUGAGUGUUUGGGACGCAUAGGAGGCGGCCAGGUCAAGCUCCGUGGGCAGCGAAUGGAGCUUGGAGAGGUGGAACAUGCCGCGCUGAGAACGACAGGUUGUCAUAGCGCUGUCGCCGCAGUCAUCAACUCGAUCUUGGUUCUCUUCUGUGCAGUGGAUCAUACGGAUGGCAUGGGCAACGCCGUGGAAGCUUCCUGUCGCGCUUGGCUCCCGGGGUUCAUGUUGCCUGGUGACGUUAUCGUCAUGGACGCCUUUCCUCGACUCCCCUCGGGCAAAAUCGAUCGGAAGAGACUUGUUACCGAGUACAACAACUCACAAGCGGGGUCUGAGGUCAUUCAACAAGGCAUUUUCAGAGAUGAUUUUGAACGAAAACUGUGCUCUUUGGCCGCGACCGUUCUCGGCACCGAGGUGAAACCGGGUCAGAACUUGCUUCAAAUGGGUCUUGAUUCACUGGCUGCUAUACGACUUGCCUCCUUAUUACGCCAGGCCGGUAUUGAUAGUGAUGCGAUCGAGAUCUUGAGGUCCCGCACAAUCUCAGCGCUGCAUGCAUGCGUGUCCGAAAAGCAAGGCCAUCGACCAGCCUCCAUUCUGGAUACCUUUCACCCCCGCGCAUGGCAACCAGACGUCCCGGCAGUACUCGCGCAGAGGUCUGAGCUGUUUAGAGACAACAGGCCGGUUCAGUCGGUUUACCCCUGCACACCCCUCCAGAUCUCGAUGCUCGCCGAAACUGCAGCCAAUCCUCGUGCAUAUUGCAACUGGAUCAAACUUCGAUUCCCGAUCCCUUGCUCGCCAGACUCCGUCCGCUCUUGGUUCUUGAGGCUUGUUGAGAGAAAUGAGAUACUGCGUACCGGCUUUGUCCACCACGAUGGUGACUUUUUUCAAGUCGUCUUUGAACGCGCCUGCGAAUCAUGCAUCUCAUUCUCAGACUCGCCAGUUUGUGAGUUUGAACUGCGAGAUGACCAGGACUUUCUCACGCCUUUCAAAGUGCAAAUCUCGGAUGCUCAAACCAUCGGUGAACCCGCUGAUGUUGAGGCUGUGGUACACCUUCAUCAUGCGAUAUAUGAUGGCUGGUCAUGGGACUUGGCUAUGGCUGACCUUGCGGCGCUUAUGCAAGGAGAACAGCUUGGUGAGCGCCCACAGUUCAGCAAGAUCGCCUGCUACUAUGCCUCCCCGUGUUUUCGUCACAUUUCGGAUGCUGCUAAAGAAUUUUGGGCGGCAAAUCUUCGAGGGUUCCAACCAGCGGCGCUUCCGAUCUUACGAGCUGGCACAGCAAAGGUGUCUCCUACCUCUACCUCCAGUGUCAUUGUGGACAUCAACCCAAACGAGCUAAGGAGAUCACUAGAUGACAUCCAGUGCGGGAUUCAGACCAUCUUCCAGGCUUCGGUCGCCUGGAUCUGGAGUGCUAUGGUUGGGAGUGACGAUGUUGUGGUCGGUACCGUGACAUCUGGCAGGACACUGCCAAUCUCGAUGAUCGAGGAUGUGAUGGGGCCUUGCAUCGCCACAGUGCCACUUCGUACCGACUUCUCACAAGUCAGCAGUAUUGCCGAUCUCCUUGUCAGCACUCAAGCGACCAGUAGAGCCAUUCUCGAAUACAGUACCUUGCCUCUUUCAGAGAUCAGGCGGGCAGCGGGAGUCCGGCCAGGGCAGCCCUUUUAUGAUGUUUUGUUCGUUUAUCAGCAGUCACUUCAAACCAGCAAACCAGACUGUGUCAGGGGAUUCGAAGAGGUUGACCAUCAGGAUUUCUUGGAAACGCAGCUUGUUGUCGAGGUGGAGCCAAGAGCUCAUGACUUUGUUCUCCGUAUUACAUCGCACGAGAACACGUUCCCUGAUCAGCAAGCCAUAGCCCUGGGCUGUUGUAUCGCCGAGAUGGCUUCAUGGAUGCUCAGGAAUCUCGACUCCAAGAUUACAGGGAUACAAGCAGCCUUCUCCCAGUCGCUCCUCUCCGUAUUCAACCCCAAGCCGGUGACCUUUGCUGGAAUUCCUGAUCUAGCUCACGCCAUUGACGUGGUGGCCGCAAACCACCCUGACAAGGAAGCUCUGUGCUUUGCACAUCGUAUUUCGGAUGAUCUUGUCAAAACAACCACGUUAUCAUUUGCCCAGCUCAACCAAACCGCCAAUCAAAUUGCAUGGCACCUUCAAAAACAUGGGCUGAAGGAGGGGGCAGUCGUGGCCAUUAUCAUGGAGAAGUCCGUCAUCCUCUACGCUGGUAUCCUUGCCAUCCUCAAAGCUGGCUGUGGCUAUCUACCCCUUCUGCCCACUACCCCGGAGACGCGUAUCGGCACCAUUCUGCAGCAGGCCGGAGUCAGUUUCUGCCUCACGGACAGGAUCACUCGAGACAAACUAUCCCCUCAGCUUUGCCCCACUAUCAUGGACCUCGACGGGCUCGAAUACAUGUCGCUUCCAGUUAAGGCUAUUACACCAAAUCCUGACCCCUCGAGGCUAGCCUAUGUCAUCUACACAUCUGGCAGCACCGGUGUACCGAAGGGGGUUUGCGUGACCCAGUUAAACAUCAUGAGCAAUCUCGAUGUUUUGUCCAGAAUCUACCCUGUAAAGGGCUGCUCCAGACUGCUUCAGUCUUGUUCUCAGGCAUUUGAUGUCUCAGUCUUUGAGGUAUUUUUCGCCUGGACCCAAGGCAUGUGCCUCUGCUCUGGCAAAAACGACACCCUUUUUGAGGAUCUCGAGAGAUCAAUCAGGAUGCUUGAGGUCACCCACUUAAGCAUGACCCCAACAGUGGCAUCUCUGGUCGAUCCGGACAAGGUUCCAGCGGUGGAGUUUCUGGUGACGGCCGGCGAAGCCAUGACGGAGGCAGUCGCCAAGAAAUGGGGGAGGAAGCUGUUCCAGGGGUACGGCCCGUCAGAGACUACAAACAUCUGCAGUGUGAAGAAGAUGGGGCCGAACCAGGCAAUCCAGCAUCUUGGUUGGUCUUUUGAAAACACUUCGACUGUUGUUUUAUUCAAGGAUAGUGAACACGUUGUUCCACUGGGCUGCCUCGGCGAAUUUUGCUUUGGCGGUGAUCAGGUUGCUCAGGGAUAUCUCGCCAUGCCCGCCCUAACUUCAUCAAAAUUCAUCGAUCACCCCACCUAUGGUAGGCUCUAUCGAUCCGGAGAUAUUGGACGUAUGCUCCCGGAUGGAUCAAUGGUCAUUCUUGGUCGCGUGGACGACCAGGUUAAGCUCCGCGGACAGCGGGUGGAGCUCGGGGAGAUCACAGCGACGUUGCGGCUCUCGAGUGCGGUCGAGGAUUGUGCAAGUCUGUUCUUGCGAGCGGGACCGGAAGACUCCCGGGAUCAAAUAGUCUCUUACUUUGUCCCCAGCGGCAUCCAAGCAAACGAAUAUUCUCUGUUGGAACUCAACAAUGAUCUCCGACAAAAGGUGCAGUCGCUGUUUCGAGUGCUCACUUCAAAAUUACCGCAGUACAUGGUGCCAUCGGCGAUACUCCCCAUUUCCGUCUUGCCGACCACAGCGUCUGGAAAGUUGGACAGGGAACGGCUUACCGCCUCCUACCGAAUGCUCAGCCAAGAGUACCUCGCAUCGGUGACCGAUCACGUCGCCGACAACGACGAGGACCAUGAGGAAUGGACAACAGCCGAGCAGAAAGUAGCUCGUGUGGUUACAGAGGCCCUCAAGAUUUCAAGGCACGAGGUCCAACGAUGGACAUCUCUGGUUACGCUUGGUCUGGACUCCAUCUCUGCCAUUCAAUUGGCGAGGUCAUUCUACUCACAACUUGGUCAACGCAUUCCGAUCUCGACCAUCCUGCAAAAUCCAAAUGUUUCCCGGCUUGCUAAGAUCCUUCUCGAUCUCGAAAAGACAACAUCCGAGCCACCAAAAGCCCAGGACCUGUUACCGAAGACCCUCUUGGCGUCGCUGAAGGAAAUACUUCGACAGCAAGGAACAUCGGCUCAAGAGAUUCUACCAUGUACCCCGUUGCAAGAGGGAAUGUUGGCAGCCACGGCGAGCAAGGAAGCUUAUAUCAAUCGCAUGCUGUUUCUCGUCAGUGGAGAUCCUGCGCAGCUAGAGACAGCCUGGAACGCGAUGGUAUUACGGCAUGGCAUUCUUCGGACCUGCUUUAUGACCACUUCCAGUAGCCAGCACCCCAUAGUUCAAAUUGUGCUCGAUAGCUGGCAGCCGGACUGGCGUGAGUUUGACGCUUCAAAAGAACAAAUCCCUUCCUGUGUGGCUGAGCAAAUCAAUCUGCUGGGCGAUGGCGUUGACUCUCUUCGACCUAUGAUCUCACUUGCCUGGAUCAAGAACAAGACUCAGAGAUACUUAUCCUUUGUCUGUCAUCAUGCUCUUUAUGAUGGUGUCGCUGUUGAGCGCCUUCUUUAUGAGAUUGAGAAGACUUAUCAUGGGCUUUCGCUGCCACCGACGCCAUCAUAUGCCGCCUUUCUCCAAGAAUCUUCGACUUUGCCGGAGCAAACAGAUAGUUUCUGGGCUACCCAUCUGUCUGGAAUGCAACCGAAGCUGGUCACGGAGCUGAUAAAAGGCGAUGAAAAGGCAAACAUAGCCAUCAAAACUCGACGACUUCAGCUUCCUCUCUCAGAAGUCAGAGCAAAGAUCAAGGAAAUAGGGGUUCCUCUUCUUGCACUGGUUCAGUCUUGUUGGGCAACCACACUAGGGUGUCUUUUAGACACUGAUGAUGUAUGCUUUGGAAAUGUGGUCAACGGACGAUCCGUUCCUAUGGAAGGUAUCGGCGAGCUGGUUGCCCCUUGUUUUAAUACCCUCCCUGUGAGAGUCAACCUCUCCGAGGUCCACCAGCGACUCGACUUGAUCAAAAAAGUUCAAAAGACCAGCACAGCAUCUUUGGACUAUCAGUUUACCCCGCUUCGACGUAUUAAAUCUCUAGCUUCGCAACAUGCAAACCUGCGUUUAUUCGAUACCCUUUUGUUACUACAACAAUCCCCUCGGUGCCUAGAUAGCCGAGUCUGGAAAUUGGAACAAGACGAUGGCGAGAUGGACAUCCCGCUUGUUUGUGAGGUCAUCCCCGAUACAGCGACAGAUGCAGUGACCGUAAAGCUCCACGGGCAAAGGCUCUCGACCGAUACUCAUCAGGUCGUAUUGGAUCUUUUUGUAUAUGCUGUUGAGAUGCACCUUCAGUAUCCGGCUGGUCGUCUUCUUACCCUGGACAGCCUUCCACAAUCGUUGCAAGACAGACUCUCGCUCAUUUCCCAUUCCCGGCCAUUACCCGGCAGCCAAAAUCUGAUUCCACCUGAAGACCACUCAGAGGAAGCAUGGACUGCCACGGAAAUCGCAGUUCGUCAGGUUUUUGCUACCUUAUCGUCAUGCGACCCCAGGGACGUGCGAAGAUCCACGACCAUUUAUCGGCUCGGCCUAGACAGUAUCAGCGCUGUCCAAGUGGCUUCUAUGCUUCGUCAGUCCGGGUACCACGUUCUUGCUAGUGACGUGGUUUCAAAUCCCACUUGCCAGGGAUUGGCUCACCAUAUUACUUCCGGCAAGGGAGUCAAAAUACGCACGCCGCAGUACGACUUUGCCAGCUUUGAUUCCCAAGUUCGCCCACAGAUUCUUGCACGGGGUGUGGUGGAACCCAGCAUGGUGGAAAAGGUUUUGCCCUGCACGCCUUUACAAUCCAGUAUGAUGGCGCAGUUUGUUACAUCUGGUGGCAGGGACUAUCUCAACUACCUGGCUUUUGAGUUUGACACUCCUAUUCCCGUUGCCAAGAUGCACGAGGCAUGGCAAGCAGUUUGUGCAACGUAUCCUAUCCUACGGACGGGCCUUGCGCCUGUCGAGCACCAAGACUGUGAUUUUGCCAUGAUUCAAUACUACACACCCUCCUUUGUCCCCUUACUCAACACCUUUACUAGCCCUGAAGUUGCCUUCGACUUGGACCAAUGGCGCCUCGGAACCCGCCACCAAAUUGUUGAAGCACCACACAAGAGACUCUUCGCUAUUGCCUUUGUGCAAGAGGUCAGCCAUCUGACCAUGCACUUGGCCAUACAUCACGCUCUCUACGACGCACAGUCUCUUCAACUAAUUUUGUCGGAUUUCUCCAAGGCAUUGCAUGAGCUCAAUAUCAUCCAACGCGACAAUGAUGAGAAUGCUUUGGGUGAGAUCUUGGAUGAGGUAUCGACCUCCUCUGACAAGAUUGAAAGCUUCUGGAAGCAAAGGGGCCAGCAGGUGGUGGUGAAUGGUUUUCCCACCAUGACACCGCUCCGUCAGGAAUCGCGUGAGAUUAUGACGCAGUCCCUCAUCAGCCAGGUGCCCAUGAUCAGCCUGGAAGAGGCUGUCAGAAGCUCGGGUUAUUCCAUGCAAGCUGUUCUUCAAGCUGCCUGGACGCGCGUCUUGUCAUCAUAUCUCGGUGAACAGUCUGUCGUCUUUGGCGUGGUGUUGUCUGGGCGCAACUCUGAAGCAACACGCAAAGCAGCCUUUCCCUGCAUUGGUACCCUGCCGAUUAUUGCAACACACACCGAGUCCAACCGUAAGCUCUUGGCACAGAUGAUGCAGUACAACGCCGAGAUCUAUUCCCAGCAACAUCAGCCCUUAACAAGGAUCCAGAAAUGGCUUGGAUAUGCCGACGCAAAGUUGUUUGAUACCUUGCUGGUGUAUCAAAAGCUUGAUGUUGACAACGCUGAAACGAGGCCCUGGCGAGUGAUUGAGGAUCAGGCCAACAUCGACUAUCCCAUCUCUAUAGAGGUUGAACCUUUGGCAGAAGAUCGGCUCAAAUAUCAGAUCACGUUCUUCACUGAUGUGCUCCCCAGCGAGCAGAGCGAACUACUCCUUCGCCAGUUCGAUGCGACAGUAUGUCAUUUGGCGUUCAGUCCGGACCACCUCGAAACGGAACUCUUCUUGGGUGCGCCCAACCUUUUCUCGGUUCUACCACCAAAAAAGCCCGAGCUCCCAACAGGAGUAAGGUUCUUGCACCAGUUCGUCGAGCGCCAAAGUCUUGAGACGCCGGAGGCUAGUGCUUUGCAGUUUGUGGAGUCGUUCGACGGAGACGUGCCGAUUGAUCAGAGGUGGACGUACAAGGAGCUCGACAAGAACGGAAAUCGGGUUGCCAAGUUGUUGACUCAGCAUGCAAAGGUCGGAGACAUCGUCGCGGUGUACUUCGACAAGUGUCCCGAGGCAUACUUUUCCAUCCUCGGCAUCCUCAAAGCUGGUUGCGCGUUCGUUGCCUUGGACCCUGGGGCACCGGCAUCACGCAAUGAGUUCAUCUUGAAGGACUCGGGUGCCUCGGCACUUCUGACAGCAGAUGCCAGGAAGAGGUCCCUUGGGUUUGAAGUCUCUAUUCCGGUCAUGGCCAUCAACCAAGAGACACUCCGGCUGCUCUCCACUGAACCUGUCGUGCUCAGUCCAUCUCUUGAGCCAAGCAAUGCCUGCUACUGUUUGUACACUUCGGGUACUACCGGAACACCAAAGGGUUGCGAAAUCACACACGACAACGCGGUUCAGUGCAUGCUUGCUUUUCGGCACAUCUUCGAGGGCAAAUGGGAGCCCGAGUCACGCUGGUUGCAGUUUGCCUCGCUUCACUUUGACGUUUCGGUCCUUGAGCAGUACUGGAGCUGGUCAGUCGGCAUCACUCUUGUUGCUGCUCCACGAGAUAUCAUUUUGGAGGAUCUGUCUGGCACCAUCUCCCGCUUGGGAAUCACACACAUUGAUCUUACACCGAGUCUGGCUCGACUGGUGCAUCCGGAUGAUGUUCCCAGUUUGUGCAAAGGUGUCUUCAUCACAGGUGGAGAAUCGCUCAAGCAAGAGAUUCUCGAUAUUUGGGGCGACAAGAGAGUCAUAUACAAUUUCUACGGCCCCACAGAAGCAACCAUUGGUGUCACGGUUUAUCCUCAAGUACCCAUCAACGGCAGGGCUUCCAACAUUGGGAAGCAGUUCAUCAACGUCGGAUCAUUCGUACUGAAGCCCGGAACAGAUACGCCUGUUUUACGCGGCGGCGUGGGCGAACUUUGUGUGUCUGGCCGCCUCGUAGGCAAGGGCUAUCUUGGGCGACAAGACCUGACUAGGGAGCGAUUUCCGUUGCUGCAACCGUUUGGAGAGCGUGUGUAUCGGACCGGAGAUUUGGUUCGGCUUCUUCACGAUGGUUGCUUUGACUUCUUGGGCAGAGCAGAUGACCAGGUCAAACUUCGCGGGCAGCGGUUAGAAAUUGGCGAGAUUAAUCACGCAAUCCGAAAAGGUGUGUCUGAGAUCCGGGAUGUAGCUACCCUCGUGGUUCGCAACGAGACCCAGCAAAAAGACCUGUUGGUAUCCUUCAUCAUGAACGACGAGGGGAGCAAGAAAAGCCCCGACCAAGCUUUGAGCCUCAUCGAGGGAACGGAAGCUGCUGAGCUAUGCCGAAGAGCUCGAGAUGCGUGUCGUUCGAGGCUCCCCGGGUACAUGGUUCCAACAUAUGUGCUCCAACUGCCAUUCAUCCCCCUUUCGGCCAACAAUAAGGCUGAAAUCAAAAAGCUUAGACAAUUCUUUGCUACCAUCGAACAUGAAAGACUGAUUUCUUGGGCGUCGGCUGCCGACAGGUCUUCUGGAGAGCUGAGCCCAACGGGCAUGCAAAUAGCCAGAGUCAUUGCCGCCAUGCAGCGGAUCGACAUCGCUAGUAUCACUCCAGGGUCAAGUAUUUUCGAGUUGGGUAUUGAUUCAAUCUCAGUCCUCCGGCUAUCGCGCGCCCUCAAGGACAGCGAGCAACUCCACGCCAGCCCUGCCACCAUCCUCAGGAAUCCCUUGAUUGGGGACCUGUCCCAGGCUCUGAAGAGCAAGGAGAGCUCUCCUGGGACGGAAUCAGUGGCAUCUGCUCGGCAACUUGUACAGGCUUGUGCUCACAGAUUUCGGUCUCAUGUGUGUGGAGAGCUACUCGUUUCCCUUGACGAUAUUCAAUACAUCGCUCCUUGCUCGCCACUGCAACAAGGCAUGCUUUCCCGGUCCGCCGACAACGCUUAUUUCAACACAUUUCGUUUCGAUCUAGCAGCCGAUGUUGAACCCGGGCUGCUUCGCAGGGCUCUGGAGAGCACCAUGGUGGCAUUCCCCAUCUUGAGAACCAAGUUCGUUGAAACGACAGAUGGCUUUAUUCAGGUUGCACUCAAAAGAGUCAAACUCCCAUGGGUAACCAUGUCUCUGGACAACGAAAGGCAGUCACAUCAAGCCUGGACGCCACAGCUGGGGUCCAUAGAUACACCUUCAUUGGACAUUUCCAACCCAACUCUAGAGAUUGUCCCUACCUCGCUCGACGGCGAAAUGCCUCUUCAAUACAUCGAUAGCUCUAUUUUGCCCGUGUGGGGAUGCCUCCCGGACAAGGAGAGUGCGCCAUUGAAACAAAGCGGGUCGGCCCUCCAUUCAGAUGAACUGGUCACAGAGGCAGUUGCGAGAUGGAGAACGUCGUGGAUCGCUCGGAACAGACAGCGCUUGAUUCAACCAUUCGAGGUUGCGUACCUAGACAGCCCUCGGCAUCUUGUCCUUCACAUUUUCCAUGGCCUUUACGACGGCAACAGCUUGAAGCUCAUCUUGAACCGGAUAGCUUCGGAAUAUCAGGCCUUAGCCAAUGGCUUGACCGACACUUUCACAGAUUCUGCCCCGUCAUUCCUGCAGGCGCUGUGCUAUGGGCCGCUCCGCAACUUCACAAGCAGCAGGCAAUUCUGGACCCAACAUCUACAAGGUUCGACGCCUCUGUCUGAGCCCGAUAAAGCCCAUUCGAGCAAAAAUGCCGUCAGGGUCCGGUCAGGCCUUUCGUUUAGAAAGUUGGAAGAGCUUAAGUCUAUACUCCGAGUGACGCAUCAGGCGAUUGUGCUAGCCGUGUGGGUUGGCGUUCUUGCGAAAAGGCUCGCGAUUAACCCCACAAUCGGCAUGAUUGUUUCCGGAAGAGCCAUGGAUUUGGAAGCCGCUGAUCGAAUCGUCGGUCCCCUAUUCAACACACUUCCAUUUUACGCUCGAAUUACAAGCACCGAGGGGGGUAGGUGGACUACUUGGUCCUCUCUGAUUCAGCAAUGCCACAACUUCAACACUGCUGUGCUCGAAUUUCAGCACGUUGCUCUCCGAGAUAUUCAGAAAUGGUGCUCUGGUGGCAGGCCACUGUUUGACACCUUGUUCUCGUUUCAACUUCAAGAUGAAACCAUGAGCGAGCACUGUUCUUCGCUGUGGAAGGAAGUGGAGGUAGACCAUACUCCAGACUACCCGCUCGCACUGGAUGUGACGCUGAACUCUGACGGCAAUCUGAGCCUCUUGCUUGUAUCGCAGGAGCAUGCAUUUGACCACAAAAGCUUGUCAGGCAUUAUGGAAGAGAUAGUCGAAGUUUUGGCAUCCAUGCCACAGCGACUAGACGAGUCCGUCGUUGAGGGUGGCGGCGGCGGCGACCUCGCAUCAGUCCGGGCCCAGCAAAACACAGGUAUCGACAGCCAAACUUCGUCCUCUCAAAUUGGGGCCCAUGCGGUAUCCAAGUUCAUCUGGACGGAGGAUGCAUCCAAAAUUCGACGCGAGAUAGCAGAGCUGGCGGAGACACCUGUGGAUCUUGUUACUGAGACGGUGCCGGUUUUUGAACUGGGUCUUGACAGUAUCGACAUGAUCAAGCUGUCCGCGAGACUCAAGAGAAAGCAUGGUCUGCUGCUUGGUACCAGCGACCUCAUGAAGGCACAAACUAUUCAGAGCAUGGUCCAGUUACUUCAAGACAGAGCCGAGUCUUAUGACGUACCAGAGGAGAUUCAAAUCUCGGAGAAGGACCAGACAAUGUCAAGUCUUGUGGAAAUCGUUGGGCGUGACGCACUGCCCCCAACCCCUCUGCAAGAAGCUAUGGUUGCCGACAUGAUCGAAUCAGAUUUUCAGCUGUAUUUCAAUCACGAUAUCUGGAAGCUAUCCCCUGGUGUAGAUGUCACUCGACUCAAGUCCGCUUGGAAAGCGGUGGUUCAGCAUUCGGAGAUCUUACGAACAGUCUUCGUGCCCGUUGAAGCGAAACAGUUUGACUUUGCAUACUGCCAAGUCACAAAGCCUGAAUUCCAGGGUAAUCUCAUCUUUGAGGCGAACUUGACGAGUGUCGAUAAGCUUGGGGGCCUCUGUGAAGCUGCCCGUCUACGAGCUGUUGGCGGUGCUGGCCAGAAAGAACUCUUACAGAUUACCUUUGCCACCAUCAACAAAUCGGACGAAGUAUUUGCCAUUCUUUCCAUCUCCCAUGCGCUUUAUGACGGCUGGUCUUUGGGACUGCUUCACCAGGAUGUUCGUGCGGCCUAUCAGGGGGUCUCAGGAGUAUCGACGAAAAUUGAUCACAGCACUUUGGUUGAUCAACUGUUGCUUUCAAACCAGCCAGACGCCUCGACAUUUUGGUCCGGCUUUCUGGAGGGUGCCUCGUCUACUAUAUUCCCACUGAAGCCCUUGCCCCAUCAGCAGGGUAUACAUCGAGUCGAGUAUGCAUCUGCAUCCACAAGAUUUAAUAUCACACAGUUCUGCAAGUCCAUUGGUAUUACCCUCCAGGUCCUUGGUCAAGCCUGCUGGGCGGCUCUACUGGCAUCUCGAACGGGGUCGCUUGAUGUCACAUUUGGUGUAGUUCUCUCAGGCCGCGACAGCGAAGAGUUGGAAAAGGUCAUGUUCCCAACCAUGAACACGGUCGCGAUCAGGAGUGUGCUACACGGCACAGUGUCGUCGUGGUUACGGUAUAUGCAGGAUAACAUGAUCGGCAUUCGUCCAUUUCAGCAUUUUGGGCUCCGUCAAGCACAGAAGCUUGCCAGAUCCAACGGACCACUGUUCAACUCUUUGUUCAUUCAGCAGCAUACUCCUUUUGACUAUUCGACAGCGGACGGUGAUACUUUAUGGACAUCAAUAGGUGGGGAGUCGGCUGUUGAGUAUCCGAUCUGCGUAGAGAUGGAGAUGUCUGGCCCUGGGCUCGUGUGGAGGGCAGCCUGCGAUGGAACUUGCCUCUCACGCCAGGACGCCAAGGAGAUUGUCAAUCAACUGGAUGCAGUCCUUCAGCAUAUCAUUACCUCGGCGGAGGAGAGUGUCCUACUCUUUGCGGAUCAGAAGGUUUCCAUUUGUGGACUUCCACCAGCUGAACUUGACCAUCAAAACCACACAAAGCCACAGGAGGAUGGAAUUGUGGAAAACGACAAAGUUUCCGCGUGGAGUUCAACAGAGUCAAGAAUUCGAAAUGUUCUCGCAGAAGUGUCGGGAAUACCGACGGAGAGCAUCUUGAAAAGUCACAGCAUCUACCACCUUGGGCUUGAUUCGGUCAGUGCAGUCAAGGCUAGUUCCGCUCUCCAAAAGCAGGGUAUCAAGAUUCGGUUCCGAGACUUGCUCAGAGCAAAGUCCAUCUCUGAGAUGGCCACUCUCCUACAAAACCACCCAUCACCAGUUGCAAUGAGGGGGAUUGACCCUGUGGAAGAGUCUUCUGUUAUUGAUGGUCUUGGCGUUCCUGGCCUCCUUUCGGCCGCUGGAGUGCAGGAAUCCACCGUUGAGACGGUCCUUCCGGCCACGUCGAUGCAAGUACACAUGCUUUCCGUCUGGCAGAACACACAAGGUGCCAUUUUCUAUCCUGAAUUCCGAUACGAGUUGGAUGGAGCUGUCGAUCUCAAGUCAAUCAUUGUGGCCUGGAACACCCUCAGGGCGGAAACCCCGAUUCUGAGAACUCUCUUCCUUCCUACGAGGACUCGAGACGUUCCGGUACUGCAGGUUGUUAUUGAGAAUAACCACGCUGAUAUGACACCGCCACCAUCUCCAGGGCCCAAGGCUAGAAGUUGGUUUACAAAGUUGAAAGAGAAGCUGUCGCCGGACCAGACUGCUUGGACGAGUUUCGCCCCUGAGCAACAUAAGCGGCAGCCAUUUGCAGGUCUUGAGGUCAAGCGACACGGCAAGAAAUGGGCACUUGUGUUUCGGAUUCAUCAUGCCAUGUAUGAUGCAGUCAGCCUUCCCGCCAUUCUCGUCAGGUUUUGUGCACAUCUGUCAGGGGUAGAGAGGAAGCCUCAAGUUGCCACGACGGCAUGGGAAAAGGCUCUUGGGGUGGAGUACUCUCCCAAAAGCAAGACAGUCAAGAUGCAAUUCUGGAAGGAAUAUUUGGCUGGUGCGAAAGCGUCAUCGCUCACGCUUGAGCCAAAAACAGCCCAGCAGUCUCAGUCAAGCUCCCCAAGGCGUCGGAGGCUUCAUGAUAUCCCCAACAUAUCUGCUACCCGGUCCAACCAGCCGGCAGAGCCACAGUCAUGGACAAGUUUUGUCGAACACGAGGCAAUCCAAGAUGUCAAACCGCUUGUACAGCUUUGCAUGUCCAGAGGGAUCAGUCUCCAAUCACUCUUUUUGGCCUCUUAUGCAAAGUUCCUUUCGUCAAAAGUUGAGAAGAAAGACGUGGUGUUCGGGAUCUACCUUGCCAAUCAGUCGGAAGAAGAUGAGCUUUUGGAUCCGCCGUAUCCAACGCUUCGAUUGGUCCCGCUGAGAGUUAACUUUGCAAACGACGAUGCCGAUCUGUUUGAUAUUGCAAGCAGAAUACAAGAUGAUAUCCAUGCCGUAUCCUCAGGUGCCAAUGCCACUGUUGGGCUGUGGGAGGUCGAGGACUGGACGGGGGUCAUUGUGGAUUCAUUUGUUAAUUUUAUUUCCAACCCUUCUGAUGGAAAUGCCGUGUCGUCGCCCAAAGGAAAAGUCAAGUUGAUUGCGAGUCCAUUGGUAGGACAAAGGACGGUCAAAAGACGUGGUGGAGAUGGGAUGGAAGAUAUAGGUGCGAAUCCAGCGAGAGGAUCAUAUCCGGUAAGUCCUUUUUCUGUGUUCGAGUUCAUCACACGGCAACUGAUUCGCGAACAGGCUGCGAUCGAUGUCGAGGUUUCUGUCACAGGAGAGAUGAUGAUGAUCGGUGUCUUUGGACCAGGAGAAAAGGUUGGGCCAAAGGGGGCCAGUACUGCGGUGGAUGAGAUUGUUGAGAUAUUAAAGGGCUUGGUCCGGAACUGA